AUGGGCGAGCUGAAGACGCUCGUACAUCUUCGUGGCCAAGCGAAGGCCAAAGUGACAAGGAUCCGGAGAACCAUCGAAGAAAUUUCGAAAGCUGGCAUUGUUCAAUUAACAUUGUCCCAACUGAAAGUGUAUUCAAAAAAUCUGGAUGCUCACUUCCAAGAAUAUUUGAGUUUCCACUACCAAAUCACCGCUCUAUUGCCAGCGGAGAAAUUGGAUGACAACGAUGAAAUGUAUCUGCAGUUCGAGACCCAUCAUACCGAAACCGCAAUGCUAGUGGAAGCAUUAAUCCAGGAUGCUACCCCGCCACCUACCCCCGCAGUCGUACCCGCUACCGUGCCCGGUGUCCCACAUGCACAAGUAGUCGUGCAGCAGCAACCGCUACCGGUCCCAAUCCCCUCGUUUGAUGGGAAACCGGAGAACUGGCCGAGAUUCCAGCAAGUGUUUAUGGAUAUAAUGUCAAGGUCCAAGGAUUCUGACGCCAUCAAGCUACAUCAUCUUGAGAAAGCUCUAGCAAGUGGUUCUGCCUCCAAGAUCAUCGACCCGAGAACACUCAGCGAAGGUAAUUUUGCACAUGCUUGGGAUCUACUGCUCGACGUUUAUGAAGAUGAAAGAAAGGCGGUAGACUCCCACAUCCACGGUCUGCUGAGCUUGAAGCGGAUGCAAGGAGAGUGUUCCAAACAAAUGAGAAGCCUACUGAACGAGACAAUCCGCCACGUUGAAGGUUUGAAGCUGCUAGGACAGGAUCUGGAAGGAGUUUCCGAGAGAUUUGUCGUCGUUGUCCUAUCUGAUGCCUUUGACCCCGAGACCAGGAAGCAGUGGGAAGCCACCAUUCCCCAUAAGGAGAUACCGACGUAUGAAGACACCGUUAAGUUUUUGAAGGAGCGCUGCUCACUAUUGGAGCGUUGUGAAGCCAGUCGUCCAAAAUCGUCAACCAAGGAAUCCAGCCAGAAACCAACCUCGAAGCCAACGCCGAUGAAGUCGUUCGCUGUGGCUGCACCCGUAGCCAACAGUGACGCGAAAUGUGAGAUCUGCGAUGCGAAUCAUCCCAACUUUAAGUGCGACAGGUUUGUGUCUUUAACGGUACCCCAACGAAGAGUUAAGGUAAGAGAACUUAACCUUUGUUUUAAUUGCUUGAGGAAAGGUCACCUAUCCUCAAAAUGCCCUUCGACUAAAUCAUGCCAGGAGUGCCAGGGUAGGCACAAUACGUUACUCCAUGAGCCCAAAACUACAAGGCACGUUCCAAAACCCGUUGAUAGUCCAAAUCCCCAACCAGAAAUACCCCAAGUCGCUUGUUCCAAGGUGCCUCCCUCAGGAAGUAUUUCAUCUUUGUCCAAUUCCGUCCAUAAGGUACCACGAUCAGAUGGUACGCUAUUGCUUACGGCCAUGGUUGAUGUAUUAGACAAAUCUGGAAAUUAUCACCCUUGCCGUGCAUUCCUUGAUUGUGGUUCCCAGCCACAUUUGGUUUCCAGUUCACUUGUUGAGAGUUUGGGAAUCGAUCAGGUAUCUACCCACGUUGAAGUUGUAGGAGCAACCGGUAAAGGAUCGGUGCUUAACAGAAAGGCUACGCUCUCUUUUCGUUCCCGUUGUACGGAUUAUCAGGCAAGAAUUGAAUGUUUGGUCACCGAUGUGGUGACAGGUCCCCUUCCCGGUCGUAGAUUGGAUCCACGAUAUUGGAAUAUUCCCUCCGGCAUAUCCCUUGCCGAUCCGACCUUCUGUGUCCCAGGAGACGUUCAACUACUAAUUGGAAUCAAAUUGUUCUUCCAUCUGAUGCUCCCCGGACAGUUGGUACUUGGCAGUAAUCUACCUAUUCUCAAGGAAACCCUCCUAGGGUGGGUUGUUGCAGGCGGAGCUGAUGAUGCUAGUGAGAAUCAACAUUGCUAUACUGCCAGUCUACGUCCGCUGACAAAGUGCAUAGAGAAGUUUUGGUCUGUGGAAUCGAUUGAGGCUCAUGAUCCCGCAUCUAAGGAAGAGCAAGUUUGUGAACAGAUUUAUAGUUCAACUACCGUUAGAAACCCAGAUGGUCUGUACACUGUUCAUUUACCAUUGACCGAAUCUAUAAGUAAGUUGAGCAGUAAUCGAUCUUUGGCUCUGAAGCGUUUCCACAUUCUUGAGCAGCGCCUAAUCAAGAAUGCUGAAUUGAAGAUGGCUUACGUUGAUUUCAUUAAUGAGUAUAAGAUACUGUCUCAUUGUAAAAUUGUAUCAGAGUCCGAUGAUACACCAGAGAAGUUGGUCCAUUAUUUACCCCAUCACGCAGUAUUGAAACCAAGCAGUUCCACUACCCGUCUGAGGGUUGUUUUCGAUGCCUCAGCAAGAACAUCUGGUCCUUCGCUGAACGAAGUCUUGAUGACUGGUCCUACUGUUCAAGAUGAUAUUUUUGCCAUUGUCCUUAGAUUUCGAAAGCAUCGUUUUGCGAUCACGGCUGACAUUUCAAAAAUGUACAGGAGAAUCCGUGUCGAUGAAGUUCACUCCGGCCUCCAGCGCAUAUUCUGGAGAGAAAAUCCUUCUCAUCCGCUUCAAAUAUUAGAACUAACAACUGUCACCUAUGGGACAUCCAGCGCCCCUUUCUUGGCCACUCGAACAUUGUUGCAGUUAGCCCGCGAUGAGUACCAGCGUUUUCCAACAGCGUCUAAGGUGGUAGAAGAGGACGUCUAUGUAGAUGAUGUGGUAUCAGGAGCUGAUACGAUUGAGCAAGCCAUGCAACUUGUUUCUGAUUUGACAAGUCUGUUGAAUUCCGGUGGAUUUCCAGUCCAUAAAUGGUGUGCGAAUGAUACAGCCAUUCUUGAAACCGUUCCCGAAACCGACCGUGAGAAAUAUUUGGAAUUCGAAAACUCUGACAUCAAUAAGGUUAUCAAGACCCUAGGCCUACUGUGGGAUCCUGCAGAAGAUAAUUUUCGUUUUCAUUGUCAAUUGAACUUCCAACCAUUGGCGAGGCCAACUAAGCGCAUCGUCCUCUCCGAAAUAGCACGAUUGUUUGACCCGUUGGGAUUAGUUGCUCCGGUGAUAGUUUUGGCCAAGGAGAUAAUGCAACUUUUGUGGAAGGAUGGAGUGGGAUGGGAUGAUGCUUUGGAAGGUGACAUUCUGCAGGCUUGGAUUACGUUCAGAGAGUCUUUAAAAUUUGUGGAUUCUAUCAAAAUACCACGCUUCGUUGGAUUACCGAACAUCGAAUUCUAUGAAAUACACGGAUUUGCUGACGCUUCGAAUCGUGCUUACGGAGCUGUUGUUUACCUGAGAGCAGUUUCCGGUACAGAUGUUAAGAUUUUACUACUACUACACAAUAGUCAAGAAUUGCUCCCCUAA